AAGAAGCCAUUUAUGAUGACGUGCCAAGAGAAAAUUCAGACUCUGAACCAGAUGAAAUGAUUUAUGAUGACGUUGAGAACGGAGAGGAAGGUGGGAACAGCUCUUUGGAAUACGGCUGGAGCUCAAGUGAAUUCGAAAGCUACGAGGAGCAGAGUGACUCGGAGUGCAAGAACGGGGUCCCCAGGUCCUUCCUGCGCAGUAGCCACAAAAAGCAACUUUCCCAUGACCUAACCCGUUUCAAGGAGCACUAUGAGAAAAAGAUGAGAGCUUUGAUGGCAAACACGGUGGGAGCCACAGAGAUGCAGCAGCUAAAGCAGAGACAUGAACUCAAGAUGCAGAAGCUCAUGAAGGCCGCCAAGGAGGGCACGAAGGACGGGCUCGAGAAGACAAAGGCAGCCGUGAAGAGAGGCCGCUCUCUCAUUCGGACCAGGUCCUUCAUGGCUCCAGAUCACAGACCCUGUCUUGAAGAGGAGCAGAAUUUAUUUAUUGAUGUUGACUGCAAACAUCCAGAAGCCGUCCUCACCCCGAUGCCUGAAGGUCUAUCUCAGCAGCAGGUCGUGAGAAGAUACAUCCUGGGCUCCGUGGUCGACAGCGAAAAGAACUACGUGGAUGCUCUGAAGAGGAUUCUGGAGUACGAGAAGCCGCUGUCGGAGAUGGAGCCAAAGAUCCUGAGCGAGAGGAAGCUGAAGGUGGUGUUCUACCGAAUCAAAGAGCUGCUGCAGUGCCACGGCAUGUUCCAGAUUGCGCUGGCCAGCCGCGUGGCCGACUGGGACUCCGUGGAAACCAUCGGGGACGUCUUCGUGGCUUCGUUUUCCAAAUCCAUGGUGCUCGAUGCCUAUAGCGAGUACGUGAAUAAUUUCAGCACAGCGGUGGCAAUCCUCAAGAAAACGUGUGCUACAAAGCCUGCUUUUCUCGAGUUUUUAAAGAUCGAAUGUGCCGCUUACAAUCCUGAACCUUGCUUGAAUAAUGAGGCUCAGCCGGAUUCGCUGUCCACGGCGCAUGGCUUCCUGUGGAUCGGAAGCUGCACCAGCCAGAUGGGCCAGAUUGCCAUCGUCUCGUUUCAAAACUCCAACCCCAAAGUCAUUGAGUGCUUCAACGUGGAGUCUCGAAUCCUGUGCAUGGUGUUCAUCCCCGCGGAGGAGCGGCACGCGGAGCCCGAGACCGCGGCCGGGAGGGCGCCGGGCGUGCCCACCAUCUGCCUGGGGACCGAGGAGGGGAGCAUUUCCGUUUAUAAAAGCAGUCAAGGCUCCAAGAAGGUGCGUCUGCAGCACUUCUUCACCCCGGACAAGUCCACGGUCAUGAGCCUCGCCUGCACGCCCCAGAGCCUGUACGCCGGCCUGGUCAACGGCGCCGUGGCCGUCUACGCAAAAGCAGAAGAUGGAUCCUGGAAUUCUGAACCUCAGAAAGUGAUAAAAUUAGGCGUCCUGCCAGUUAGAAGUCUCGUCAUGACGGAGGACACGCUGUGGGCAGCUUCUGGAGGCCAGGUGUUCACAAUCAGCACCGAGACCCACACGACAGAGAACCAGCUCGAGGCCCACCAGGAAGAAGGCAUGGUGGUCUCCCACAUGGUCAUCGCCGGCGUGGGGAUCUGGAUCGCCUUCACCUCCGGGUCCACGCUUCGCCUCUUUCACACCGAGACACUCAAGCAUCUGCAGGACAUCAACAUAGCCACCCCAGUUCACCAUAUGCUGCCAGGGCACCAGCGCCUGUCUGUGACCAGCCUGCUCGUCUGCCACGGCUUGCUGAUGGUCGGCACCAGCCUGGGCAUCGUGGUGGCCUUGCCCGUCCCGCGUCUGCAGGGCAUCCCCAAGGUGACUGGAAGAGGCAUGGUCUCCUACCACGCGCACAACGGGCCCGUCAAGUUCCUGGUCAUGGCCACCGCUGCUGUCAGGACAGACAAGGACAAGCCCGCGGACAGCCCGCCCCCCGGCGCAGAGCCCCAGGACGAAGAACAGAAGGAGGCGCUGCCCGGCGAGGGGCCCGGCCUGAGCCCGAGCGGCGCAGACGCCGUCUGGCUGGGGGGCUCUCUGGGCUCCGUGACUCACCGAAGCGAUUUCUCCUCGUCCUCUGGGUCCCUGACCCCCUCGCAGGGCUCGGGCUCCCUGGAGCCCAGAUCGGAGGAGAGUAUGGUCUACGACCUUCUGCGGCUCCCCAGCGUCCUGCCGAGCAGAGGGCGGCGGGCCAGGAGGGCGAAAGCCAGCUCGGUGCUGGUGGCGUGUGGGGGCCAGGGCCACCGGCGGGUGAGCAGGAAGGCCCGGCAGCAGCGCCCAGAGGAGCUGGCCUCCUCCGUCAUGGUCUGGCAGAUCCCCCUGCUGAACGCGUGAGCCGGGGCGUUGGCAGCCGAGGACGGCUCUCAGCCGCGUCGGGUGACUUGGGGGGCUGUAGCCUGUCUACACUGGUUGAGGAUGAAUUAGGUCUUUGGGGAAGGCACGUGCAAUAUCAUCGUGGUGUCGUGGUGGUGGGUUCCUGCCGGCCGGUCCCCUCUGUCCACACAGAGGCAGGUGCAGCUGCCGUGAGGAGGCAGCACGCGGGGGCCGUCGGGAGCUGCGGGAGGGCACCCCGCUCCUGACCGCCGCGGCCCACGCACACGCCCGGGGUGCCCCAGACCGACUCCCGGGCCCUGCUACCCCGAGAAUUUGCAGACUAAGAACGUCUGGGAAGAUAUAACCUGUUCAGUAGUAUGGACACUUACUAACAGUUCUUAGAAUAAUAACUUUACUUGAUUCAGAGUCACUGCUUUUAUUUAUAAGGUCUAUCUCUAAAUUCUGGAGUAGAGUUUGUAACAAUGAAGAAAGCCAGUGAACACACACCAGUCCAGCAGCGCUGCUGGACUGGUUUGCUUUCUGAAGCGAACUGGGUUUUCCAAAGUGGUGCCCUGUGUGUAUUGUAUAUUUUAACAAAGUGGUAUUUUUAUAUUGCUUUUUUGUCUAUUAAAAAUUAACAGUUAACGUUUCAGUCAAUACAUGAUCUGUAACAUUUCACAAAUAAUGUUUGCUUUGAACCAAAAUGCUCAAAACCUCAUCAACAUUUGGACUCGAGCACCAACGCCAAACUCUUCCUCCCUCCUCGCGUCCAAGAGUAUUGAUGCCCAUGUCCGAAGAGUGUGUGUUUCCCUGUUGUAGGAAAUGCGCAGAGAGGGCGCCGGCCGGCUCUUUCACGGUGCUAGUCGGUGUGGCCGUGGGACGCGGGCCGAGGCGGGCAGCCCUGCCCUCACGCGCCCUGUCACUUCGCCGCGUCUCCCACGGGCGCACAGGCUCUGCUCUGCGCUCACGAAGCCGGGGCGCGCGUCCGGGUGUGCGGCUGAGCAGCGAGUCCGUGGCGCUCCGUGUGGAUUCAUGCAUCCGUGUCGUACUUACUGAGGGCUUUAAGACCAUUUCUGCAGGCGUCACGGGAGGUAAAUUUCUCAGCACUUUACAGAUGACUAGAAAUGCUAAUUUCAUGACCCAGCCAAAUAUUUUCUAAGGUGCAUAUAUGCCCCCACUGUGAAAGUAAUAUCUUCCCAAGCUUCCUUAAAUUGUUAGCUGCUAUCUUCAAUCAUCAAUAAAGUCUUUAUUUAAAAAUACCGUA